AUGUCACUUUUAACAAGUGAAAACAUUCGGCGUGUUUCCCGUUACUUUCUCACAACACAAGACUAUAUAACACUUGAAAUGGUCUGCAAGAAAUUUCGCGGCAACACACUUCACUUUACAACGAACCCGAUAGAUUUAGAUGACCACAACUAUUUGCUUUUUACAAAUAUAGAAUACAUCAGAGGGUUUUCUUCUUCGAUAAAUUUUAUAAAAAAGAAUUGUUUUAAAGGCAAUGAUAAAUUAAAAGAAGUUUAUUUAUCGAACAGCAUAGUAAAUAUCCUUGACAAUUCAUUUCGUGACUGCGCCAAUUUACACAAAAUAGUUUUUUCAACGAACUUGACUUCCCUUGGUGGAUUCUCUUUUGCCAACACAAAGUCACUAGAGAGUGUAGUUUUACCCGAUUCACUCAUAGAAAUCGAAGGCAACUGUUUUCGCGAUUGUACGAAUCUCACAAGUGUGCGUCUCUCAACAACUUUGACACAAUUAGGUCCUCGAGUCUUCCGGGGGUGUACUCGCCUGAAUAAAAUUGACCUUCCGACCUCUCUACUAAAAAUAGGGAACGAGUGUUUUAUGAAUUGUGAGAGUCUUGAGUAUGUGAUUCUUCCAAAGACCAUAAUGACGAUCCCUUACAAGUGCUUUUCAAUGUGUGUCAGACUCCAAUUUCUGUACAUCCCAAAAGGGAUCACGACGAUCGGCGAAAACGCGUUUGAGAGAUGCGAGAAAGUCAAAGUCGUCUUUGUCGAAGCCGAGAAUGUCGAAAUUAUGCAAAAGGCGUUUUUGAUGUGCGACGUCGUCAACUUUUUCUUCGAAGAACACAACGCAAACACCGCGGAAAAAUUCAAAGAAAUCGGUCGACCUCUUUGCUUUAAUAAUACCGAAAAAAUGUUCGAAGUAAAAGACUUGUUGGAACACGCAAAACGCAUUUCCGAAGGAAUUGAAAAAGUCGAAAUUUUUGAAAAUUCUUCGAUUUGGUCGAAACUCAAAAACGACAAAAGCGAAAAUUUCGAAGAAAAAAUUGUGAAGAAGAGAAGAGGACGAAAAAGAAAAGCAGACACCAAAACGGACGUCGAAAAGAUAAAAGAAGGAGAGUCUUCCCCGUCUUAUGAAAAUUCGACGGAAACGAAAAGUGAAAAAUCGAGAAAGUCGAAAAUUGACAAAGUCGAAAAUGUGAAAAAGUUGUCAGCAAUUAGUUUGAAUGAAACAACGCCUGAAACGGUUGAUAAAUUGCCGGGAUUUUCAAAUCUUGAAAGUUUGGCUUCUAAAAAUGAAAAAAUUGAAAAAGUCGAAUUAACAAAUGAAAAAGCGGAAGACAGCGGAAUCAAAAAGAAGCGAAAAAGACGAACAAAAAAAGAAAUGGAAAUGGCUCGACUACAAACGCAACAAGAAUGUGGAGAGAACCACAAAAUUUUAAUUCAACAACGCAAAAGUACUUUAAAAAGUAAAAUUAAUAAGUCUGAGGAGUGUGAUGAGGAUAAAACUUCAUCUGUGAAUAUCGAAUUUCGCGAUGAUAAAAUUGAGAAAGUCGAUUUAUCAAAAAGUAAAAUUGAAAAAGUCGAAAACUUCAAAAAGCGCCAUCAAACAAAAUCCACAAAGACUUCACACGUUAUCAAAGUUGACGAGACGCCAAUCAAUCAGUCCAAAAUUCCCAAAAAGAGUUUAGAGAAAAUGCGAAAAACGCGAUUGAAAGAAAACACCACAAAAAACACAACAGAAAAAGUCGAGUAUUUUCCGCUGCCACACGAAAAUCUCAAUCCAAAAUAUGUGACUCAACACGUCGACCCUCCCGAACUAAGUCGUCAGAAGAAAAUGAAUAAAUUACUCGAUGAAAUGCUCCAGAACGUCCAAAGAAUUCAACAAACACAAUUUCCACUGAAUUGGUGCCAAAAAUCGGGAUGUUUGGGCGCAGAAGUCCAACCGAAUUGCUUGGAGGCCCCGUCACGGGGUGUCGACAUGGCAGUGGAUACAACCGUCGAUUACCAACAACAAUACCGACAAGCACAAUUCCAAUAUCGCCUCCAACAACAAAUCGAAAGCUUUAAAACGAUGUUUGCAAAGAAGACGACGACGGAAGAACAAACGAAACAAAUUGUGAUGGUCGCACAAAACACACAAAAUCUGUCGGCCAUCGACGCGCUGGAUGAAUCCAAUCGGUUGAAUGUGGUGAACAGUGAGAAUGGAGUUAAUGCAAUCAAGGAAGCAUCAGACCUCAAAUGCAAUUUCCCUCCAAACUCGGCAGAAAAGGCGUUUUCAUAUGAGUUGAAAAACGUCGAUGUUCGCGGGAUAGAUGCAUCAAAACAAUUGCUACAAAUGCAGUGUCAAGAAAAUGGGCAGGUAAAUAUACAGAAUACCCUCCCCAGCUUCAACUCGUGGCAGAUGAAGUAA